UACUAGCUAAGUCCGCUACCAUCUACCAUGCCCCUGGCCAGGCGGGUCGUGGUGACCGGAUUGGGCCUCGUCUCGCCCUUAGCCGUGGGUGUCCCACCCACAUGGCAACGCUUGCUAGCCGGACAAUCCGGCCUUCAAAAUCUAGGCCCAUCCGCCUUAGUGGCGGCCAGUGCCAUGAGUCCCGAGAUUUGGGCCAGUCUGCCGUCUCAGGUGGCGGCCAUGGUGCCCCGAGGUCCUCAGACCUUUGAAUUCGACAUAGAGCGGGAUUUUCCGUCUCACGAACGGCGCAUGAUGUCCCACGCUAUGAAGUUCAGCUUGAUGGCGGCGCAAGAAGCCCUGCAAGAUGCUCAAUUGACGAAGGUCCAAGACCCCGCUCGUUUAGCGCGCAUAGGCGUGGCGGUGGGCAUGGCCAUGGUCGACUUGGAAUAUAUCGCCCACAAUUAUGCCGCGCUCCAGGCCGGGCAGUAUAAGAAAGUUGGACCGCAUUUCGUACCGCGGAUUUUGCCCAAUCUGGCGCCCGGUCAUAUUAGUAUUGCCUACGGUUUCCAAGGUCCGAAUCACGCCGUGUCAACCGCGUGUGCUACGGGUUCACACGCCAUUGGCGACGCCUAUCGAUUCAUUCAGGCUGAUACGGCCGACGUCAUGGUGUGCGGGGGCACGGAGGCGUGUGUGGACCCGUUGGCCAUGGCCGGAUUUGCCCGGGCUCGGGCCUUGAGUACUCGAUUCAACGACCGGCCAGAGCGGGCCUCUCGCCCUUUUGAUCGGAAUCGGGACGGGUUUGUCAUUGGUGAGGGUGCGGGAAUUUUGGUCUUGGAAGAACUCCAACACGCCUUAGAGCGUAGAGCCCAAAUUUAUGGGGAAGUUUUGGGCUAUGGCUUGUCGGGCGACGCCCAUCAUAUCACAGCCGGUCUGGCCAAUGGUGAAGGGGCGGUGUUGGCCAUGCGUGGCGCUUUUCAUGCGGUCGGAGCCGAUCAAAUCCAUAAUCUGUGGCACAUUAAUGCCCAUGCCACCUCCACCCCUUUGGGAGAUGUGGCCGAAAUGCGAGCCGUUCAGACACUUUUGGGCGAAUCAGAUAGCCAACCCUAUGUGUCGGCCCAUAAAGCUAAUCUGGGACAUCUGCUCGGGGCUGCCGGAAGUGCCGAGUCGAUUUUGGCCCUUAAGAGCCUUCAAACCGGAGUCAUUCCGCGAAUUAUUAAUGUCGACCAUUUGGACCCAGAGAUCCAAACCCAAGCCCGAAUUGUGACGGGUGAGAAUGUGGAUGAAUCGGAUCGAAAUAGGUAUCAACCCCUGCGACUCACCUUGAAGAAUUCCUUUGGAUUUGGUGGCACCAAUGUCAGCUUAUUAUUCGGACAAUACACUGAAUAAUAUCACAUUAUAUUCAUACUUGAGAAUCGGUAAAGAUACAAAUAGUCUUGUUAUAG